CAUAAUUUUGUUCGAUAAAGGGACUUCGAGGAAGAGACUUAAGUUAAGUCAAGUUAAUUUUAUUUUAUAGUUUAAUUAUAUUGGUUCAAUUAAUUGAUAGAAAAAUAAUAGUGCUAAGAUGGAAGGGUUAUUUUUCAAUGUUAAUUAUGGAUAUGUUGAAGGAAUAGUUCGAGGUUAUAAGAGUGCAUUAUUAAGUUCUAAUCAAUAUGUUAAUCUUACUCAAUGUGAUAAUUUAGAAGAUUUAAAAUUACAAUUAUCUUCAACCGAUUAUGGGAAUUUUUUAGCAUCUUAUUCAGGAAUUUUAAGUACAAGUAUUAUUCAAGAUAAUUUAUCAAAAAAAUUAUAUCAACAAUUUCAAUAUUUAAAAUCCAAUUCAAGUGGGAAAUUAACUAAAUUUUUAGAUUAUAUUAGUUAUGGUUAUAUGAUUGAUAAUGUUUCAUUAAUGAUUACUGGAACAUUACAUGAAAGAGAUAGAUCGGAAAUUUUAUCUAAAUGUCAUCCAUUAGGUUGGUUUGAUACUUUACCAACUUUAUCAAUUGCAACUGAUAUUGAAAGUCUUUAUAAUACCGUAUUAAUUGAUACACCAUUAGCACCAUUUUUUAAAAAUUGUUUAACAGCUGAAGAUUUAGAUGAUUUAAAUAUUGAAAUUAUUAGAAAUAGAUUAUAUAAAAAUUAUUUGGAAUCAUUUGUUGAAUUUAUUGAACAAGAAUUUACAAAUCCUGAUCAAGAAAUUAUGUUAAGAUUAUUAAAUUUUGAAGCUGAUAAAAGAGUUAUUAAUAUUUCAUUAAAUUCUUUAAAUAAUCCUGAUUUAACUACAGAAAAUAAACUUUCUUUAUUACCAAAUUAUGGAAAAUUAUAUCCAACUUAUCAUAAUGAAUUAGCUCAAGUUGAUGAUUUUGAACAAUUAAAAUCAAUUGUUGAAAAUAUUGGAGAAUAUAAAGAUAUAUUUAGUGAUGGUGAUAAUGGUUCUGGUAGUGGACCAAAGAAUUUGGAAGAUUGGUUUUAUUUAUUAGAAAUGCAAUAUUGUAAAAAUGCAUUCACUCAACAAUUUACUUUAUCGACUGUUUGGGCUUGGUUAAGAUCUAAAGAACAAGAAAUUAGAAAUGUUACAUGGAUUGCUGAAUGUAUAGCUCAAAAUCAAAAAAACAGAAUCGAUAAUUAUAUAUCUGUUUAUUAAUUCUAUCCAAUUUAUUUCUUCAUAUUAGUUGUUUCUUAUAAGUAUAAAA